ACGUUCACACAUUGGUAAAGAGGCUGGUCUUGCAAUGCCUUUGAAUAUUUUACUUUUAGGCAGUUCCCCAUCAGUCAGCCACACACAUCCGAGCCGAGCUGAAGCCUAACUACAGCCAUGGACAGCACUAGGAGAUCUGAAAUCUAAUCGCACGCAUCAUACCUCCGGGAUAUUUUUUUUAAAUUACAUAUAUAUAAACACGCCGACAGGCAGCCGCGCUCGCACACACACACACAUACACACACACAUAUACAUCCACACGUCGGCAGAGCCGCCAGCACCCGCACGGCCGCUGAGCAAACACCUUGUCUCUCCUCGCAGGAUAUACCCGCUCACACACACAUCUCUCUUUAUCUCCUCCUGGCUUCCCGGAGGAUCCUGCCGGCUGUUUUUCAUGGAGAAAGUCCAGGGAGAAAUGGAGAUUGAGAGAUGGGAAAGAAGUGAAGAGAUUUCAGACGCAGAGAAAAAGGUUAUUCAAGAGACAUGGAGCAGAGUAUAUGCAAACUGCGAGGACGUUGGGGUCUCCAUACUCAUCAGGUUUUUUGUCAACUUCCCGUCGGCCAAGCAGUACUUCAGCCAGUUCAAGCACAUGGAGGACCCGCUGGAGAUGGAGAGGAGCUUGCAACUGCGUAAGCACGCUCGACGGGUCAUGACUGCCAUUAACACUGUGGUGGAGAACCUCAAUGACUCCGAAAAGGUCUCCUCUGUCCUGGCCCUGGUGGGCAAGGCCCACGCCCUCAAGCACAAAGUGGAGCCCAUCUACUUUAAGAAACUCACUGGUGUCAUGCUGGAGGUCAUCGCUGAGGAAUACGCCAACGACUUCACCCCGGAGGCGCACAGUGCCUGGACCAAGAUGAGGACCCUCAUCUACACCCACGUGACGGCGGCGUACAAGGAGGUGGGCUGGGCGCAGUACCCCACCGCCACCCUGUGAGCGGCCAGCGGGGCCGGGCGAGGGGCAGGGAGGGCUUCGCUCACCCCAGGACUUCACUCUGGUCUCUUCUCAAGAUCUUCGCUCAGUCUGGGGAGCCCGGUAGGGCCAGCUCUGUUAGCUGCCAAGUCACAAUUUGAUCUCCACGGGGUUUAAAAACAAACUAAACAAGCCAAAUAAAUAGAACCACGAAGGGUGUGGGUGGGUCGGGGUGAAGCAGUUGGCAGGGGACGCUGGAAGGGGAUGCAGAGCUCGAGGGGAGAGCGUUGGUUGUUGGCUCCAUCUUACUGUCCUGGCCUGUCCAUCACCACCUCCCAAAUCCUGCACCUCGCUUGCGCCAUCUCCAAGUCCCUUGCACAGGCUCUGCUGUGCAGCAGAGAGGUGCAGCCCUGUUCACUGACGAACGACACGGCCCUCAUCUUCCACGUGAAGCCCCCGGGUAAACCUGGCUCCUCGCUUUUGGGGGCACGAUGCUUAUGGAGACCGCCGGCUGGCACCGAAAACGCUUUGCUUUGCACUUUCUCUGCUCACCUGGCAGGGUGGCAGGGCUGAUGGCUGUGGCCAGAGCUGCUCUCAGCUGUCCAUCACCCUCCACCGUGGGCCAGCAGCAGCCAUCACCCGUCUCAUCAUCCCCAAACCCUCUCCUUGGCUGGUUGUUGCAAACCCUCUUGGGGCUGGUGGGAGAGAUGUUCUCCUCCAGCCUUAGAGAUUGGGAAAGGAGGGGGGAUGCCUUUGGGCUGCCUCCCCCAUGGCUCGGAGCACGGCGUGUAGGUGGGAUCCCUGUGCCAGAUGCAGGGAGCUGGUGAGCCCACCUGCCUCCCUUCAGCUCCCCUGGGCAGGAGG